AUGGUGGCCGCUUCCUAUGCCCCCGGCAACAUCGAGUUAUGGGCGCCCAGGGUUGCUGAGAGCAUCAUUGUUUUGGUGUCCAAGCUCGACGCCGUGUGCACUGCGCCGCCACCAACAUCGAGCAGAGACAUUAUUCCGAAGGAAGAACUGACAUUCGAUGCGAGCCUGUGGUCCAUGCUGUAUGCCUUUGAAUGCGCCAUCAAGAUCGGUGUGAGUAAAGAUAUGGGGUUCCUGGCACAGGGUUCAGACAUGGUAGACGUGCAGCUCGCGAACCACCGCUACACUGGUAUGGGAUACGGCGAAUUUCUCAUGGUUGAAAAGAAUCACCUCCAUAGUAUCGCCAUGAUAACGAUGGAGCGUAUCGAACGGGGUAAUGCGGGGGAAGAUUUGGAAGAUUUGAUGCAGCCAAUGAUCAGAAAUCGAAAGGGAGGCGAUGCCAAAAUCAGUGAUCUAGACAGAAUUACUGAGGUGCACCAGUUAGUCAAUGGAGGUGGAGAUGGACCUGGCAUAUCUCUUAUCAAUACUCUGUAUUACCUUUUGAAGCAUCCAGAUACCAUGGCAAAGCUUCGAGCCGAACUUGACAGCUCACUCACUACGGAAGAUACGAUGGCGCCUUGGUCCAAAGUCAAGAGAAUGACAUACCUCAGGGCGUGCAUCAACGAAUCAAUGCGCUUGUCUCCUCCUGUUGCUACAGACCUCCUUCGCACCACCCCUUCUGAUCGCUGCUACGUUAUUGCUGGCGAGGUCGUCCCCCCAAACACAAAUGUUAGCAUCUCGGCGUACACGGCGCACCGCGACCCAAGCAUCUUCACAGACCCCGAAGCCUUCCGUCCCGAACGGUGGCUGACAGCCAGCGAGAGCCUGUUGAAGGAGAUGCUCGCGGUCUACAUUCCGUUCAGCACUGGAGCCAGGGCGUGCAUUGGUCGAAACGUGGCUCUCUUGAUGCAGUUGGUAUUCAUCGGCACUGUUGUUCACCGUUACGAUUUUGCGUUGCCAGGCUCGAGCUGGACACUGCAGUGGGAGGAAUAUUUCAACAUUUGGCCCAAUGAGCUACCUCUCAAGAUUUGGCGACGACAGGAUGAAAACUCGCAUUGA